AUGGAUAAAAACAGCAACAUAGAUUUUAAUACAAGGGGUAAUGCUAAUAAUAAUACUUAUAGUGAUGAUAAUAAAGAUAAAAAAUCACCAUUAUAUAAAGAAAAUGAAUUAUUUUUAAAUUUUCAAUUACAACAAAUUCUAUUCAAUAAGUUACAAUUUCUUUACUAUGACCAACUUAAACAUCGUUCACAUCAAUUAAUAUUACAAAAAAUUAAUGAAGAGUUUAUAGAUUUUUAUAAAACAUUAUUAGACUUAUUUAGAUAUUUAGAAAACCAUAUGCAAAAACAUCCUUUAUCAAAAAAAAACCCAGUGGAUAAUGAAUAUAAUCAAAUAUUAAUAAAGGUUCAAAACGAAUGCAAUUCAAUUCAAAAUUAUUUAAACAAAUUAUAUCAAGAACAAAAAACUAUUAUUGAAAAAAUCAUUAGUAUAGAUUUGAAUAAUAUGGAGUUAUUAUAA